CGGGCAGCGCUGGGACCGGGUGGACGGGGACAGGCGCCGCCAGGCAGGUCCGCGACAGGAGCGGCUCCGAGCUCGCCGGCGCGCGCCCUUUAGCACGUCGCGUGCCGCCGCGUGUACACCACCGCCACCACCCUGCAGGGUGCUACCGCAGGGUGCUACCGCAGGGUGCUACCGCAGGGUGCUACCGCAGGGAAGGACCACGGCCAGAGCCAGAGGCGCACCGUCACCACACUAGCCACACACAGGAAUGCUGCCGUGGGAGUCAAGGGCUCGAGCGGUGGCGUGGUGAGCCGCCGCUGGCCAGCCUGCGGCUCCGCCUUCAGCCCCUCCUGCGGCUACUCCUGCAGCCCCUUCUGAGGCUCCGCAGGCAGCCGCACCUGCAGCGCCGCCUGCAGCUCCGGCCCGGGCCCCCCAGCCCCGGUCCUUUGUCUCGGGCCGCAUGCGAUGGAGCGCUGGAAGAGGCGGCUGUUGCUGCUGCUGCACAGGAGGGAGGCCGCCGCAGUCCGCCGGCCGCGAGCCGUCGGCGCCGCCUCCACCGAGGCCGCCUCGCCGGCUGCAGCCUCGUCGCGGUCCCCACGGCCGGACCCUGGUGAGGACCUCUUCUCGGGCAGCAGCCUGGAGCCCACGGUCUGGACUACGGACCCCCAGGACGCGGCCGACGGCCGCCUGACCGCCACCGCCAUGACGGUGGACCCGGGCGGCGACGGCCGCGACGGCCACCGGGGCGCGCGGGACGGCCCGCUGCUCGACACCGAGCAGCGCUGCUUCGACGAGUACCGAGACCGAGUGCCUCCCGCCGAUGACUUCUGCAACUUUACCUGGGACGGGGUGCUCUGCUGGCCGCCCACCAGAGCUAACCACACGUCCGGACACUUCUGUCCCAAGAUGCCAGAUUUCGACCCAAACACGCUGGUGUUGAAGCGGUGUGGACUCGACGGCCGCUGGGAAGGCAGGGACGGCACCAGCAACGCGUCCCUCCCACAGGGCUACACGGACUACACCGUGUGCCUGUGGGAGGAUGUGCGGAGAUUGUACAUAGAGGCGAACGACGGCCCCGUGUCCCUCGCGGAGAAGCAGGAGAUCGCCGCCCGGACGCGCACCAUGGAGGUGGUCGGGCUCAGCGUCUCGCUCGCCGCUCUGCUCGUGUCACUCGCCAUCUUCUUCCACUUCAGGAACCUGAGGAACAACCGGACGCGGAUCCACAAGAACCUGUUCAUCGCGAUGCUGAUGCAGGUCGUGAUUCGGCUCACGUUGUACAUCGACAAAGGCGUGCUGCCCGCCCGGACGCUGCUGCCGCCGCAGGGCUUCGUGCACAACACGCCCGUUCUCUGCGAGGCCUCCUACGUUCUGAUGGAGUACGCAAGGACGGCCAUGUUCCUAUGGAUGUUUAUCGAGGGCCUGUACCUCCACAAUAUGGUAACGGUGACCGUGUUCCAGGAGGCGUUCUACUACUCGCUCUACACGCUCAUCGGCUGGGGCGUCCCGGCCAUCAUGACCACCUGCUGGGCCGUCACCACGGCGAUUAAGCUGAAGGAGGAGUGCUUCCGGAACUACAACCUCAGGGUGUACUUCUGGAUCCUCGAGGGGCCCCGUAUGGGGGUUAUUGUGCUCAAUUUUUUAUUUCUACUUAAUAUUAUUCGGGUCCUGGUGGUGAAGCUACGCCAGAGCAGAACUAGUGAGAUGGAGCAAGUGAGGAAGGCGGUGCGCGCUGCGUUGGUGCUGCUGCCGCUCCUGGGCAUCACGAACCUGACCAACAUGAUGCCGGCGCCGAUGCGCAGCAGCGCCUGGGAGCUUACCAUCUGGUUCUACGCCACGCACUUCCUCACCUCCUUCCAGGGUCUCUUCAUCGCCUGCCUUUACUGCUUUCUGAACGGCGAGGUCCGGCUGGCCGUCAUGCAGCGCGUCUACCGCUACCUGUCGCUGCGUCCGCACCACUUCCAGCCGCGGCGCAACUCGGCCUUCUCGGGCGUGUACGUGACCGCCGAGCCCAGCCUGGGGCUGCCCUCGCUGCCCCGCCACCACACCGUCGAGCUGGACGUGGGGGCGGCGGCGGCCGCGGGGGCCACGCCGUGCAGCGGCGGUGCCGAAGCCCCCAGCGCGGACCCCGGCGCGGCCCCGGGGGGCACCGCCGAGGUGCACCGCGGAGGUGACCGGAGCCUCAAGCGGGGCCCCCGCGGCCGCGCCGGUCUGGCGCUGCUCUGCUGCCGCGCCGCCCCGCUGCGCCCCUCGCCCCGCCGCUCCGCGCCCGACGGGGCCGACGCCGCCGGGGCCCCAGGGGGGGCCGCCGAGACGCGGGUCUGAUGCGACCACCAGCAGCCGCCAGCCGCAGGUGCCGGCACCGCACCUGUCGGCUCUGGUCGCGGGCAGCGGCGCCACUGGAGCACGGCUGGAGCCGCCGGAGCAGCGGAGGCGGCGCCUGGGACCCUCACACGGCUGAUGAGCUUU